AAGUACUCAUAAAUUGUAUUAAUAUAUUUAUACUAUUCAUUCACAUUAAACUAUAAAUUGAAUAAACGACUAAAACUUUAUGUCCUUUAUGUUUGUGACAUGCUUUGACAGAAGCGUGUCAAAUAGCGAAUUUGUUAUUUAACCUCAACUUUUCCGUUGUCUUUAAAGAUUUAAAAUUUUGUGGAAAGUGGGAAAACAUAAAAUCGCUUCAAAAUGACUAAUAUGGUUCAUUGUCAAUUAUGGAUGGGAAGCCUGGAAUCUUACAUGACGGAAACUUUUAUAAUAAACUCGUUUAGAAAAAUGGGAGAAAACCCGUUAAAUGUUAAAGUAAUGCGUAAUAAAUUUACUGGUGAAGCAGCUGGUUAUUGUUUCGUUCAUUUUGCAAACGACGAAGAAGCAAUUGACGCAAUGCAUAAAUUGAAUGGGAAACCCAUUCCGGGAACAUCUCCUGUUGUUAGAUUUCGGUUAAACAAUGCCAGUAAUACAGGACGAUCUAUAUUAGAUAGAGAAUUUUCAGUUUGGGUUGGUGAUUUAAGUCCAGAUGUUGAUGAUUAUAAUUUAUACAGAGUGUUUUCUUCAAAAUACAAUACAAUUAAAACUGCAAAAGUUAUUCUUGAUAGUAGCGGAUUCAGUAAAGGUUAUGGUUUUGUAAGAUUUGGAAGUGAAGAAGAACAAAAGGACAGUUUAACUUCAAUGAAUGGCUAUGUGGGUUUAGGAACAAAAGCCUUAAAGAUAUGUAAUGCUGUUCCAAAGCCAAAAGGAGCCACAACAACAAGUACAACUAGCACCACAAGUACUACCACUACUUACACAACAGCUAGCGAUUAUACUCAAUAUUAUGACCCAUCAACUUAUUGGCAAAAUUACGCAUCUUGGCAAGGUUAUUAUGACCAAAGUGGUGAUGGUACUCAAAUGGUUCAUGAAGGAUACAGUGGAGAUUUGCAGGCGCAUCAUAUGGAGAAAAAAGAUGAAGAUGAUUUGGAAUUAAUUGAUCAUUCAUUGCCAGUAGAUGUUGAUAAAAUGAACAAAGAAAUGAUUGAACAGGAUAUGAAUUUGUGGGAUGCAUUAGAAAGUUCAAGAUGGUUACCAUGUGAUGUUUUGGAAGUUGCUUAAUUUAUACAUAUUUUUGCUAGUUUAAGAUAACACUUAUCAAGUGAAACAUCUCAACAUUUGGACAAUGCAGUUGAUUCUACUUUCAAUAGCAUUGCUUUAACUUGCAAUGUUGAAAAAGCUUUCAAAAAUAUUACUAUAAAACCAAUUGUUACAACAAAAAAGCAAGGAGGCAAGUUCUGUUGAUCUUUUGAUUCAAUGGGCCUUCUAAAAGGCGUUAUUUAAACAUGAAAUUUAGACUCUACUUAUUAGUGAAUGAUUUGCAAAAAUGACAAUCUCAAAAGACGUUAUCUAAUGUACAAUUAAAUAAAAAAAGUGUUAUUUGUAACUGGCAUCUUUAUUAAUAUAGAUAUAAAUAUUUGGAUAACUA